CAAUAUUGCUGAUUAAAAAGAAUUCCAGAUAGAAAAAUGAAUUAGUUUGCACACGUCCUUGAUAGAGUGCAGACAUUGGCUUGCUACCUCGAAACACAAGAUAAUUUCAAAGCCAAAGGUGAGUGGGAUUAAACAUUUUAACUAUAAGUAAUUAAGUUUCCAUACAAUCAUUAUAAGCUACUAAGUCUCUCUUAAGAACUAGUUAAAUGAUAACUAUAUGAUAAAUGGGUCCGCAGUUAGCGAACUCUUUUGUAUCUUGUGACCUUUUUUGUGAUAGAGAUAUAUUUGUACUACUUUAAAGUAGACAAAUUUUCUUGUCGGUUUCAACACUAUAAUGAAAACUGUCUUUUUAUACAGAAUUAUUAGUACAAUUACUUCAUACAUUGUUUUCCCAGCAUAGCAAAAUUUAUAUGUCUUGGCUUGCCCUUGCCCUGUUUGCAAACUUAAUGCACAUUAUGAUAAGCAUGCACGUCGGUGGAUAAACAGUAAAUUUAGAAGAUUUUCAACAUAUUUAAAUACAAUUCUACCCUCAAUGCCAGAGGUUGUUCAGCGCUCGCAGAAAUAACACGUUUCUUGGUAAUAAGUGGGGUUUUUUACGUGUAAGACUACCGUGCACUGCUUUUUGUGUAUUAAAUGGUUCCUAUAGUUACAUACUCCAUACUCAUCAGGUUUACAAUUAAUUAUAAGGAUUUAACGUAACAAUUAAGGAAUAAGUAAAAGUUUACUUUAUGAAAAAAGCCAGGCAGUGGGGUAGAACGAAUACGUUUUUUAAUUCCACACUUAUUGAAUACCUAGGCAACUAUGAACAACACUCAACAGAUAGAUAUUAAAUAAACUACAAGUUAAUUGAUGGUCCCGAGAUUGCCUAUAGUUACCGUUGCUAUGUCCCACAACCCGUUUUGAUUUUGCGUAUAGAAAAAAAAUGGGUAUUCAUAAUUUACGAAUUCUCAUUACUUGUAUAUGUAUAGCGGAUUUUAUGUGCCCUUUUAACGCCAAAUUUAUUGGAUUUUUAAACUUUCGAACAUUAAAUGAUGCAUGUUUGUGGGAUAUUCUUUAUUCUUUAACUCAACUGAGAAGUACGUCAGUUUUGUCGGCAUGGACCAUUGAACUAAAAUAUAUCAGUUUUAGUUCAAUGACAUGGACAUAUCAGUUCCGAUGUGCAUGUGCCUUUAAACUCUUUGCCGGACUAUUUUUUAAAUUUCUGCAAUGACCAAUGUAUCGGUUUUCACCUGAGAUUCCACAUGUGAGAAGAGCCAGUGAAUAGUUAGGUUUGACAAUGACUUUGAACUGAUAAAGUCGAAAUAUUCACUUUCAUUUUUGUUAUCUUGUUUUAUCGGAGAUUAACCAGAACACUUUAAUAGUUCCCACUGGUAUGCAUGUUAAUUUAGCUCCCGUAUUUGUCCGGGCCAAUUUUAAAUAAAAGGAUUAUGUCCACAAAGCCCACAACAUACAAAAAGAAAUAAAUGAAAUAUUUUGGCUAAAAACGCUGUCACUACUUUGUGUACACAAUUUAAUUACUUAUUUCAUAAAACCCAAAUUAAUUUGAAAUCUCAUGCCGAUUUUCUUUGGUAUAAUUAUAAAAAGCGGCAGCGGUACUUUAAUUAACAAACGGAAAUUAUAUUAGAUGAAAAAAUGUUGACUACUUCGAAAUUCUCCUUGUAUUUUUCAGGUAGUGGUUCAAUCAAUCCGAAGCUUUCUUAUUAAAUGAAAGCCAAUUCCAUUUUUCAACAAAUUAAAUGAUUUUAAGACGAAAAUACGUUUCCUGGAACAGGGUGUUGACUUGGACUACCAGAGCCAUAGUGAUCUGUACUUGAUUUAACAUGAGUCUAUCAUGUUGCACCCCCCCGCUUUGUCACCCACGCCUUGUUACCCACUCUCUUUUGAGAGCCCCCCGCCCCUUGUUAGAGUUUCAGGACAACACCACAGACACAGCGAGCCAAAGCUCGCGGGUUGGACUCCACAAGCCAUUUUAAUUACUGUAGUUUUGUCAAUGUGUGAUAAUUACAGAAACGAUUUACAGGAUUAAGCUACAUCGAGCAGCCCAAACAAUUUCUAGGAGCAACUAUGAAAUACGCUCUUCUCAAAUUUUGAAUAACAUAUAUUGGCCGAUAUUAGGCGAAUGAAACAAAAAUCUUGUCUAAUGUUCAAAAUAUUCCACAAAUUAGGCUCAUCUUAUUUUUCAAAACCGUUUAAUCGAGCAAACUUAAUUCACAGUCAUGGUACACGAGGUCAUGACUACAAUUUUGUUAUCCCUAAACCGAACACCAAUUUUUUAAAAAAUAGUCUCGAAUACAAUGGAGCAUGCAGUGGUAUGGAAUUCAAUAGCAAUUGAAAUUAGGAGUUCCACCUCACUAAAAAUAUUCAAAAAUAAACUGUAGAUAAUAAUUUGUUAUGUCAACUGUAUAUAGCUUUAAAUUAUCAUUUUCUUAGUUGUAAAUAAUUCAAAUGUCACGACGUCUGGGAAGACCAUCUCAAUUUGGACGGCAGGCCUCCGUGCUUAUUAAAUAAAGUUCACUCACUCAUGAUCACUCACAAACAGUCAAGCUAUCUUUCAGUUUGCCUGGUGAGGACAUUCAGAGAUGUUGUUUAUUUUUCAGCGAAAAAAUCUUCAAUAUGAAACGAAGUUUGGUUUCUCUGACCUGUGCCCUUCUCUAUCUCACAUGCAGUACACUCGCAGUGCCAAGUAAGUAAUAUUCUGUAAUGGGCGACGGGCGGAAAAAAUAGGGAGGGGGGGGGGGUACAAAUUUGACCGACGUCGAUAGAAAUUGCCUCACAUUUAUUCCUUAUUGGUAGAUGAAUGGAUGAAACACAUCUCCUAAACAGAUACUAAAUAAGAAAAUUUGUUCUUUAUUUAAAAAUACGCCGAAAAUUUCUCACUUUAUACUGCAUGGAGUUUACGUUAAAUGAAACAAAUGUUGAAAUCACGAAAAAACUAACGGCGGAAGCAAGAAUAUUUUCAAUAACAUCGUGGGGAAUUGUUUCCCAAGAUUAACAGGUUUGUUUUCCGAUUACUGUCUUGCAAACACUGUUUUAUUAAACACUGUUUUAUUGGCCUACAUGUCCGGACAAGCCUAAGCCUGUAUCUGUCGCAAUACACCAAUUUAAUAAGCUCUUCUUGGUUUGUUUGUGAUGUUACUCUGAAUGUACUAUCCACACCGGGCGAGCUUGAAAAAUAUGCCCGUCCACGGUGGGAAUCGAACCGUGGCCGGGCAUAUUUUUCAAGCUCGCCCAGUGUGGAUAGUAGACUCAGGGUAACAUCACAAACAUAUCAUAUUCACCUGAGUACACAACACCAGCACAAAAAAAUCUUCUUGGUUUGCCCACUUUCGGAAAACAUGGCUAGGAAACAAUGUUUCAAUAACAUUAUUUCAUGGUUUGUUCACCUUCAGGAAAUAUGGCUAGGAAACAAUGUUUCCUAGUUUGCCCACCUUCGGGAAACAUGGCUAAGAAACAAUGUUUUCUGGCUUUCUCACCUUGGGGAAACAUGGCUAGGAAACAAUGUUUUCUGGUUUGCUAUGCACCUUUGGGGAAACGUGGCUAGGAAAUAAUGUUUCCUGGUUUGCCCACCUUCGGGAAACAUGGCUAAGAAACAAUGUUUUCUGGUUUGCUAUGCACCUUUGGGGAAACGUGGCUAGGAAAUAAUGUUUCCUGGUUUGCCCACCUUCGGGAAACAUGGUUAGGAAACAAUGUUUUCUGGUUUUCCCACCUUGGGAAAACAUGGCUAGGGAGCAAUGUCUCCUGGUUUGCCCGCAACGACUUUAAACGAAAUUUCAAUUUCUUUCAAAUAGUCGGCAAUAAAACAUGCACAAAAGUGGUGGACAUCGCUAUGAUCCUGGACGAAUCUGGCAGUAUCGGCUACAGUGACUUUCAAGACAUUAAGACAUUUGUCGGGGAUGUUAUAUCACACUUCAGUGUUGCCCCAUUUGGAGCGCAUUUUGCUGCAGUGAAGUACAGCGGUAGCCCACGUGAAGUGUUUUCUCUCACCAAGUAUACAGACGCUGCACAGCUGCAUACCGCUGUCAAAAAUAUGAACUACAAGGGCGGAAGCACGUAUACUGGAAAGGCAUUGGAAAUGGUUCAGCAAAACGUAACUGAUUAUUCUUACUUAUUCAUAAAUUUAGAGUGUUCACCUUGACAAAAAAUAAACUUAACCAGGUGCCCUGGACCAUUCGCAAAACCAAGGGUGGGUUGACUACAAAAUUUUUGUAGUUCGCUAUAACUACAGCUACUUCAAAAAUAUGUAGUCAGCUACAACUACUGCUACUUUUGAACAAAGGUAGUUCGCUACUGACUACAGCUACUGCUUAAAAAAAUGUAGCGAACUAUUUUGCUACGCUAUAUUUUUUAGUUUUACUAUAAGUGGAGCAUCUACUAAGUACUAACUCAGGCUGUAAUGUAACCUAUAACAAAUCGACUUACGAGUAGCAACAGUAAACACAAAGCAACAUUUUUGUAAGCACUACAGUGUUCAGGAGUGCAAAUUGACUAUUGAGUAUUGAUUUUAAGCAAACCGUGUCUCAAUAUCAUGCUAUUCUAUCAAGUUGCUAACAAUUUUAAAAAGUAGCGAAUAGCGAUUCGCUGUUUGAAAAGUAGGCCUAGUAGUAUACUUGGCUACUUUUAGGCAAAAUGUAGUUCGCUAUAACUACAGCUACUGUUUUAAAAAAGUAGUCAACAGUCUACUUGAAAAUAUAGUUCGCGACAGUAGCGAACUACAACUACUUCGCUACAACCCACCCAUGCGCAAAACAGCACGUUGGCGGCUUGAACAAUUAAGUGCAAUACAAACGCGAAGACAUCGUUUGGAUAUUUGUAUUGAAUCUGUAUUGAAUAGUUCUAUCAGUCCACUAUAUCUAAACUAUAUUUUGUGUUCAAUAUAUAGACCACAGUAAAACUUUUUUUAAAUGUGUAUAUUACAUUAACAAACGACGUUUCGGAGAUAUACUCCAUCUUCAGGUAGUUAAGAUUACAAUUUGUAAUAAACACAUUUAAAAAAGUCUCACUGUGGUCUAUAUAUUGAACACAAAAUAUACUAUUAACAUGAGGCUCAGGGAAAGUUCGUUCCUAAACAUUUGGUAUAUGUUUAAACUGCUAUCCCUAUAGGUCCAAGGCAAUCCUUUAACGUUUAAGUGUCAAUCAAAGAAAAAGUUACGUAUCCUGCAAUGUCCUCCUAAACUAUAAACCCAUUAGUUUUGUGUGAAAUUUUUAUAGAUAUUUGGGACACAGGAUGACAGAAAAGAUGUCCCUAAUGUAGUGGUAUUGUUUUCUGAUGGUGAAUCACAUGACCACAGCAAAGCUGUGCGUGUGGCGCAGGAGAUGAGGGACAAUGGUGUCGAGAUACUUUGUGUUGGGAUUGGCAACGGGCAAACGCAGAAUCGGCUCAUGAAACAACUUAAAGAACUUUCAAGCAAACCUGGAUAUACUUUUAACAUAACCAUGAACGCUCUGAACACCAUUGAGAAUUCACUGGUCAAAGAUAUGUGUGAGGCAAUUAGUAAGUACACUCAAUUAUUAAAUAACAGUAGACUUAUUAUCGAUUUCAGGUUAGACUUCAGGCCCCAAGGCCAAGUCUCGCUCGAGUUGGGUACCCAGUAUAUAUUUCGAGAGCAAUGGUUUUAAAUUUCCGAGAAAGUUUCAUAAAAGUUUUUUUCCCACCAGGUGCAUGUGCAAGCAAGCCCUGCCAGAAUGGAGGACAAUGUGUGGAUGAUAGCAAUGGUGGAUAUCAAUGUAAAUGUUCACCUAACUGGGAAGGCAAGGAUUGUGAAUUUCCCAAAUGUAAGUAUUUAUUUAGACUUAUUUAGAUGGACACCAUUUACGACCUGUUGUCCUUAAUAUGUUUAGUUCCUGAAAUAACGUCUUAGCCUCGUAGGUUACGCCCUGCUGAAGCGAGAACGAGGGUUGACAAGCGAGAGUUUUCAUGAGAAUUUUCUCAAUUCUCAAGUCCUGCUCAAACGAGAACAAGAGUGGCAUGAGAGUUGACUGGAUAUUACCAACGAGCAAAAACUCUCAUCAACUCUCAUCAUUCGAAGCAGCUCAAAGUUGAUGAGAGUGUAUGAGAGUCGAUGACUCGAUGACAGUUGGCGGUCAAACGCCGCGGGAGACUUGUGGCUAUAAAGUAUGGCGAAACAGGUGUACCUUAUGGCUACAAACCACGAACAAAGCGAGAUGAAUAAUUUAAAAGAUAGUAGCCGGCAGUAAAUCUCGUAACACCCGCCGGCUUGUUUUCAAAGCCCUGGGCCUUCGUACAACUGGCCCAUGAUGGUUGGUUAUUUCUCCAUAUAAAUUGUUGCCAUUAUAUUCUUGAACAUUCCAGGGUGCCUAGCAGCGUCAUUUUCAAAGUGGGGUUGCUACAGUACACCACAACGGCGACCAGCCACAUCGAAACUGUUGUUCAAUCGUCGCAACGCCAUUGAUUGGUUUGCCGGAUGGGAUAAAUAUCUUGAAAAAAUCGUGUGCGAGUAAGGAAUUUUUUAUUUUUCUUACGUCAGUGUUCCUUAACUCUAAUUCUUGUCGAGAAUAUGACAUCCUCGUCCCCAGUCCCAAUAGACAACACACUAUGAUACAAGCUGUUACACCACCAGAAAUUGCACAGAAAAAUGGCCAUGUCGCUGAGUAUUCAUUGCUUGGCAUCGUGGGCUCAGUCAAACAUUUUCGCUGAAAUGAAUAUAACUAGAACACUACCUUCAGAUAAACGUACUGCCUAUCAUCUUCUUGAACCCAAAUCUUGACCCCCAGACACGCGUAUCUGGGGGUCAAGACACUCGUGUUUAUAAUUAUCAUGAUUGACUGAUUGGGCGCUCUUCGCAUGCGUCUAAAGACUGGGACUGACCUUCAAGUUUGGCUUCAAAUUUCCAGUUGGAAGUAGCAUUCCAGUUAUAUUUAUUUCAGUGAUUUUGAUCUGCUUGCAACAAAAUAUGUUCAUUAUUCCUGAGAAAAACAUUGAGGCAAAAAAUGCAAGUGUAAACCAGCCAUUAAUCGUUUUGGGUAGUUCGAACAAAAAUCUCCUCGGCCUUAGAGACUAGCCGAGGCCUGUCAUUUAAUUCAAUACCGUUUUUAUGACAGCUGUGGAAAAGCGGCAAAGGACGAAGGCUACAGAUACUUCUGUAUCGAGUUUUAUGGCGAAUGUUGGGGUUACAAGGACUUUAAUGUGAACCAGCCUCACGCAGGAGCAAAUGCAUGUUGGGGAAAACGUCCUAACUACGACACUUGCAUUCAUAACCAGAGAAGUCCAAUCUGCGUUGGAACAGGCAAACACGGAUACAUCUACGAACUUAGUUAGUCGGGUAAGUUUUUCAGCUUUAUAAGGGGUCACGUCCAUAUUCAUAUUGCCACGCAUAACGUCGAAUCGACGUUAUGAGUGGGUGGGUGGGUUUAUCUUAAUUCUCUCGACGUUAUCUCGAUAAUCUCGUGGCAAAACGAUAAUUUUGUGAAAGUUUUGAAGAAUGUGACUGCCACGCUCGACGUUAUUUAGGGUGGGUGGGUGGGUUUGAGUGUUAACGUCGAUUCGACGUUAUGCGUGGCAACAUGAAUAUGGACGUGACCCCUAACAAACGUACUUGCAGGGAGGUGAGUCCGGGAUUGGACGCACCGAGGGUGGCUGGAAGUUUCCCGAACUUACCGAGCGAAGCGAGGUGAGUUCGGGAAACUUCCAGCCACCCGAGGUGCGUCCAAUCCCGGACUCACCGAACCUGCAAGUACGUUUGGUUUUUAUCCCAUACACCGCGAGCCAUACACACAUUUGUAGUUCUUCGCGAUAUAUUCGUCGAUGUUUUGUGAACAUUUUCCCGGCCAAAAAAAUCACUGGGCAAGAAAAUACUUCUUUAUCUACGUCUACAUUACCUUUAUUGCAUUUUUUCUUUGGUUUUUCUUCAGUCUCAGUAUGUUAGUCAACGAAAAAAGUUCUUUAAAGUUUAGGUUUAUCGGCUAAAUCCAUUGAACUAUAAAUAAACUGGAAGGCUAACUGCUAUGAUGAAGGCCUAUGAUUUGAUGAAGCCAAAAUAGUUUUUCUGAGUUAUGAGCAGAAAUACUUGAUCCCAAACGUCGGGCUAUAUAUCAAAUUGAAGCUAUUGAAAAUUGCUAUUCGGUGUGGAAAUUUCAAGACUUCAGCGAAACGAAAAAUAUUUAAAAAAUACAAAAACAACUGCAAAACGGCAAAUUAUCGGUAAUUAUGUUUGUAGUUUUUCAAUAUUUCCCUUUUAGCUAUAGUCCUGAAAUUUCUACACCAAAUACCGUUUUUCAAUAGCUUCAAUUUGAUAUAUAGCCCAACCUUCAGUGUUGAGUAUUUCUGCUCAUAACUCAGAAAAACUAAAAUGCACUGGCUUCAAUUCCCCCCCCUGAGUUAGCCUUCCAGUUUAUUUAUAGUUCAAUGGCUAAAUCUUGUCCGCCAUAUUUGUUAUUGUUAUUGCAACGUGAGCAGUUUAGCGGGUGAGCUCGGGCGAAAAGCAGGUGAGUUCGGCAAAAAGCAGGUGAGCUCGACGACAAGCUCACCUGCUCUAAACCAAUCAGAAAGCCGCUUUUAACACAGGUAUGGGAUAAUUGUUCUUAUCCAACAUGGACACUGUGUAUAGCCUGUGAAUGUUAUAAGGGGGCGGUGAAUGUCUCUCAUAAGCGCAGUGGCUAGGAUCAUGGCGUCAACAUUUUGAUGACGAACUACGCUUACGCCAAAAUCAUAGGAAAAACCAAGAAGUCGAUCUUCUGUUUGUCUCUGUUCUGUGGCGAUGGUUUGGUUCAGUGGUUGUAUUUGGAGGGCCUGAUCGCAGGUUACAUCUUUCCUUACUUUUCUCUAAACAUCUUUCCUUACUUUUCUCUAGGUGUAAACUUUGCCCACGAAGCACUCACUCAAGUAAAGAAAUUAAGACGAUUUAAUUGCACUUAGAGAUCACAUAGAUGUGCUUGUUCGUGAAUAAAUACAAAUAAAAAAAGCCUCUU